AGGCUUCUUUAUGAUCUAUCUUCAAACCUCCCAGAAGUCCAUAAUAUUAUGGGAAACGUUGUGCCAGUGGCAGAUCGGACCGAGUUCCCGUCGGCGGCGUCCCUGGAUUGCAACCUUGGCUCCCAAUGCACCGCCACUCUCAUCACCAACACAUUUCUGCUAACCGCAGCCCGCUGUGUUGUUGGGCCAGAGGGGUCGAAAGCGAGCACCUGCACCUAUUCCCUGGGUGGUUUGAACUUAUUGAACCUCACCGACGAGGUUUCGGAGUCCUUUGGCAGUGUUACCGCAGAUUCCAUAUUCGUGCACCCAGACUACCACCCCGAAAAUGAGCAAUCCAAUAAUCUUGCAAUUUUGAAAUUGAGUCAGCCUGUGACAUUCAGUCCUCAGGUGGAGGCCAUUCGUUUGUUCAACGGGAGUUUGGCAGAUGGAAUUUUCGGCUUCGUCACUGCGUAUGGAAUCCCUGGUAAUGAAUAG